AUCAAGACAUACCAGUCACGUGAGCUUAACCGCGUGUCGUACCUCUGGGCUGUGAACCAACCAGGUGUGAAAAACCAUUCGUAGCCGGCCGGCCUACUAGUACACCCUAACAAUAGCUGAGAUGUCUGCGGAAGAGUUCUGGAAGAAUGCUCUCUGGAAGAAGAAAAUGCAGAGGGAAUUGAAAAUUCGAGACCUUGAUGGAGAUGGAUUUGUCUCAAAGGCAGAUUAUGACCUAGUUAUUCAGCGCUACAGAGAACUGGGUACUCCCGAGAAACGUCUUGAGAAGAUGACCCAACUCCUGGCUAGGGUGAUGAAGUCCAUGGGGAUAGAUGGGACUACUAAGCUUACACUCCAAGAAUGUAGCAAAAACUUUGAAAAAUCCGGUACUAAACCUGAGGAUCUCGACGAAUGGUUUAUGAUUCAAUUUAAAAUCUUGGACACCAAUGGCGAUGGAGAAAUCUCGUUUAAGGAGUGGUCCGACUACUACACUGUAGUAGGAAUUGACACGGUGCACGCGAGACCCUCUUUUGACGCCAUGGAUACCGAUGGAGAUGGCGUUAUUUCGAAAGAAGAAUUCCUUGCAUUUAUUAAAGAAUUCUAUUUCUCAAAAGAGGAUAAGCUCAAGAGUUCCAUUAUGUAUGGACCACUGGACUAACUUUCUAAGAAAACUCAAUAUAUAGCUGGCACGUACUAUACUGAGUCGUGUAUGCAUGCAAAAUUUAAAUGUAUGU